CCUCUAUACCCAACCGCAACAAAUCUUAGUACAGAGAAACAACAAUGGGUUCUCUCCCACAGAUAGUAGAGGACUGCAUGGGCUUCCUCCAGCUCUACAGCGACGGCACCGUUUUCCGCCUCAAAGACAUCAACUUCAACACCCCUGUCGUCCACGACAACUCCAUCCUCUUCAAAGACUGUGUUUUCGACGAGAAACUCAACCUCCAUUUGCGCAUGUAUAAGCCCACGUCGACAAAAUCCACUACCACUUGUAACAAGUUCCCAAUCAUUGUCUACAUACACGGUGGUGGCUUUUGCUUUGGCUCCUGCCGAUGGCCCAACUCUCACAACUGCUGCGUUCGGCUGGCGUCCGGGCUCGGCGCGGUUGUUAUCUCGCCGGACUAUCGGCUGGCGCCAGAGCACCGGCUGCCGGCAGCCAUGGACGACGCGGUGAGUGCAGUGAGGUGGCUCCAGAGGCAGGCUCUGAGCCAGAGUGGCGGCGAUGCAUGGUUGAGUGGUGGUGCGGUUGACUUUGGCAGAGUUUUUGUAGCAGGGGACUCGUCUGGAGGGAACAUUGCACACCAUUUGGCUGUCCGGUUCGGGAUCGGUUCGACCGAGGUGGAGCCGGUUCGCGUACGAGGUUACGUUCUGUUGGCGCCGUUUUUUGGUGGAGAGGUCAGGACCAAGUCAGAGGAGGGGCCGAGUGAGGAAUUCUUGAGCUUGGAGAUACUUGACAGAUUUUGGAGGCUGUCGAUGCCGGUGGGAGAGAAUAGAGACCACCCAUUGGCGAACCCAUGGGGAGGUGGCGGCUCGAGCCUUGAAAAGGUGGCGCUUGCCCCGAUUUUAGUGGUCGUCGGAGGAAGUGAACUGCUGAAAGAUAGAGCGGAGGAGUAUGCGAAGAGGCUGAAAGAAGCAGGGAAGGAGAUUGAGUACGUGGAGUUUGAGGGAAAGCAGCAUGGUUUCUUUACCAAUCAUCCCUUCUCAGAAGUUGCAAAUGAAGUCAUCCAGCUUAUCAAACAGUUUAUGUUUGAAAAUUCUGACCGGGAGAUCAUGAUCAGUUAGAAUUAAUCAUGUUGGUUCAUGAUCAGCUUGAUCUUAUUAUGUAUUUAGUGAGAGAUUGUGAGUGCAAAUAAAAGUGGGCAUGCAUGGGAAAUGAAACCCUAGUUAUCCUUAGAGUUAUUGUAUAACAAGUAAAUGAAACUGGUGAUUGCAGGCUGGCUUCAGCUCCGGUGAAAUUAUAAAAUUUUUGUUUCUAUAUAUA